UCGCACUCCACCACUGUACGACUGGUGCUAGCUAGACUGCGACUGGCGACGACAGCGAGUGCCGCUGGCUACAGCGUAUCCACGUUAACCGCCGCGGACCAUCUGACCGCAAAGCCGAGAUUUCUUCUAGCCGCGCCGCGCCACGGCCCCUCCGUUGACUGCCCCCCUCCCCUCCUGCCUCCCCCCCACACUCGCACUAUACAUUCCACCCACGUCCUCCCCCUCUCUCUUCUCUCUUCCCAUCUCCCCACUCUUUCCCAAAACACCCCUUCCACCCCUCACAAUGCUCAGGUCUACCCGUUACAUGCCUGUUGCCCGCCUGGCCCGUGGCUACGCCAGCGCCGCCGCUGCCGCCGCGCAGACCGGCUCGCUGUCGCCCCUCGCUGCCAAGGCCGCCGAGGAGGUCUCGGCCAAGUGGAAGGGCACCAGCGCGACCGGUGGUAACACCAAGAACUACAUUGGCGGCGAGUUUGUCGAGUCCAAGGCCGACCGCUGGCUCGAGGUCCGCGACCCGGCUUCGCAGACCCUCAUCAACCGCGUCCCCGAGACCACCGGCGCCGAGUUCGACCAGGCCAUCGCUGCCGCCUCGGAGGCGUACAAGACGUGGUCCAAGACCUCGAUCAUGCGCCGCCAGCGCGUCAUGUUCGAGCUCCAGCACCUGAUCCGCCAGCACACCAACGACAUUGCCAAGUCGAUUGUGCUCGAGCAGGGCAAGACGUUCGUCGACGCCCAGGGUGACGUCGGCCGUGGUCUCCAGGUUGUUGAGUCUGCCACUGCCAUCACUUCGGGCCUCCUGGGUGACAAGCUCGAGGUCACGACCGACAUGGACACGUACUCGCGCCGCACCCCCCUCGGUGUCACUGCCGCCAUCACCCCCUUCAACUUCCCCGCCAUGAUCGUCCUCUGGUCGGCUGCCCUCGCUACCGUUACCGGCAACACGCUCGUUGUCAAGCCCUCUGAGCGCGACCCCGGAGCCACCAUGAUCAUUGCCGAGCUCUGUGAGCGCGCCGGCAUGCCCCCUGGAGUGUUCAACGUUGUCCACGGCUCGGCCGACACUGUCAACCGCAUCUGCGACGACCCCGCCAUCAAGGCCAUCUCGUUCGUUGGUGGUGACAACGCCGGCAAGCACAUCUACGACCGCGCCAUUGUCAAGGGCAAGCGUGUCCAGGCCAACCUCGGUGCCAAGAACCACUGUGUCGUCAUGCCCGACGCCAACAAGAACCUCACCCUCAACGCCAUUGCCGGUGCCGCCUUCGGUGCCGCUGGCCAGCGUUGCAUGGCCCUCUCGGUCGCCAUCUUUGUCGGCGAGUCGCGCCAGUGGAUCCCCGAGCUCAUUGAGCGCGGCCAGGCCCUCAAGGUCUCGGGCGGCUUCGAGCCCGGAACCGACCUCGGCCCCGUCAUCUCGCCCCAGGCCAAGGAGCGCAUCGAGAGCUACAUCGCCUCGGUCCCCAAGGAGGGCGGCAAGAUCCUCCUCGACGGCCGUGGCUACCAGGUCGCCGACUACCCCGAGGGCAACUUCGUCGGCCCCACCGUUGUCGAGUGCACCACCGACAUGUCGGCUUACAAGAACGAGAUCUUCGGCCCCGUCCUUACCAUUGUCUCGGCCGAGACCCUCGACGAGGCCAUUGAGAUCAUCAACAAGUCCAAGUACGGCAACGGCACCGCCAUCUUCACCAACUCGGGCACCAUUGCCCGCAAGUUCGAGACCGAGGCCGAGCCCGGACAGAUUGGCAUCAACGUUGCCGUCCCCGUUCCCCUCCCCAUGUUCAACUGGUCGGGCAACAAGGGCUCGUUCAUGGGCGACAUCCCCUUCUACGGCAAGACUGGCCUCGAGUUCUACACCCAGCGCAAGACGACCACUGCUCUCUGGCCCCACGCCGACGCGACCAGCACGCGCGCCUCGGUCGCCAUGCCCCAGAUCAACUAAGCAGAGGGCGGAGAGAGCAAGCAAGCGGAGCGUGAGGAGAGAUGCUUCCAUUCAUGACCUACACAUUGUCGGCGGGCGAACGAGGUGGUCCGUAGUAGUAAAACAAACAACAGUUGUCCUUCCGGCUGCAUGCAUUGAGACUGUGUAUUCGUA